CAACGACACUCCUUCAUGGCGGAAGGGCUGUGUGCCAGCUCCGAGGUGAGGGCCGUCCAUUUUUCUACCGCGUCGCCUUAUCGUCGAAGCCACCAGAGCGUUGUCGUGCGAUAAGCAGUUCGAAUUGCUCGGGCAGCGACCGUACUUUCCUGCCGAGCGCUUGCAAAGUACCUGGUUCUUGCAACGAUGUACCGCACAACUCCGGCUGUGCUGCCUUUGCUCGUGCUGCUGCUACCGCUCCUCCAUCGGGUGUCGGGCUCCUCCUCCGAUAGCCCAGGUCAUCGCCGUCGCAGCCUCAGCUGCUUCCAGUGCAGCUGGCUGGCCGAGCAGCCGGUGGACCCCCAGCGCCAGGCUGAUAUCGAAAAGCGUUGGAGGAAAGCGUACGAACGCUCGGAGGACGCAAUCGACAAUCCGUUCAAGCGACCACUACUGGGCGUCGAAACGUUCACCGAGAUGCCCACCAGGACGCAGCUGGCGGCACACUGCGACAACUGCACCAGGGCGGACGGCAUGUGCGCCCGCUGGACCUUCUACGGGAGCACGGGUCUGCCGGUGAACGUGACGUGGAUGUGCGUGAACAGCCUGGAGACGGGCUGCUUUGUGGAGUACAUGGCCAGCCACUUUGUCAAGGAGGUGUGCCUGUGCGCGGACAGACAUCACUGCAACGCUGCCGGUGUUGCAACGGCCACGCCCCUCGUUGCUCUGCUUCUCUGCGCGGUGUGGAUCAUUGUGCCUCGGAAAGUGUCUUCUUGAUAUCGCGCUCAGCUGGCGUGCAAGAAUAACAUGUUGGUGCGCGAACUGCGUGAUACCUGAUAUCGUGUCGUCCUGUCGGAUCUAAUUCCCGAGCUGUGGUUGUGACGCGUACACCGCGUAAGAACAUUACAGCUCAUUUUUUUUUUCUGGCGACACCGCUACAUUCUCGGUAGCAUAUUUUUUUCUGCAGCACUAACGUUGCUCCAAACUUUCAGAGCUGUGGUCUCAAACUCACGCUAGGCACCGGGCUACUCGCAGGUCGAAGACCUUCCCACUUAACGCACGUCGAUAGUCCAAAUAGGUGUGAUUAGAUCAAGCCGAAAGAAAGUCAUUUGCACGCAGUAAAGGUCACUUCGUUAUAAAACAAAGCCUCAGUUUACACACGUAGUUUCUGUUUGUCCCGGGUGACUUGUACAUUCUAGUCACUGAUAAUGCGUCGCAAGUUCUUUGAUCUUUGUACUGUGUUUCCGAUUUUGAUAAAUGAUGUUUCAAGUUAUGGGGUUUUGCGUGCCAAAACCGCGAUGUUGAAUGGUGCUUAACGUCCCGAAGCGACAGCUGAGCCGUGAGAAAUGCCGUCUAUAGUUUUGGGCUCCGGGUAAAUUUUGACCAUAUCCGGUGUAUGAAAACGCACUUAAAUCUAAGCGCAUGCUGGUUUUUCGCAUACGGAAAGCCGCGGCUUCGCGGCCAAGAAUACAUCCGGUGGGUUUGUGCUAAACAGCGGAUUGCCUAUACGCACCGAGCCACCGCGACUGCUCGCGAUGGUUCAUUAAGCAAAUAAACGAUUCCAUAAUUCGGUUAUCUGCUUUGUCCACACUAGCAUAGUAACUCACAACCGCUCAUUUCUUGCGCGAUAUCCUCACGGCGUAGUUUGUGCCGGGAUGCCGAAAAGAAGAAGACGAAAGCCGACUGCAUAUUGAAGCGCGCGCGCGUUGCGUUUUCUGCUGCGGCGUUUAUAAAUAUUCCAUCGUAGCUCGCACACACCGUAAUAUUUGGUGGAGGUGCGGGGUAUAUAUAUGUAUAUAUAUAGCUUGCUAUACGACGCGGCACUGGAUCUCCACUGCAGACGGCACAUCGGUUGCGCCACGUUGACUACGGUGACCAACGAGGCCAUCCCAGUAAAACAAAAAAGUAAAAUAAACAUGAUAACCACACGACACCUGUAUUCUUGUUUUAUAAGCAUAAUUUUUGCUCCAGUUCUCGGCGACCUUCAAGUCGCCUUGAGUCAAAAGCGAGAGCCGUUAUCCGGGCACUCGGACGAGAACGUCCGGACAUCGUUGCGAGAACAAAAGGAGACCAUCCGAGCAACCAGUCAUAACUCAAGAAAGUGGAGUCUCUGGCCCCCAACCCUUUUGUACAGGACCGCAUUACAUACGGUAGUUAUUACCCAAGCAAGUUAGAAAAAUAUUGCUUCCGAGUUUUUCCUAAUGUUUGUGCACAACAUGACUCAAGCUGUAACUGCUAUUACGCUGAGUUUUUAUUUGGCAUUUCCAAUAGCGACGUUCAAAAGUCGUAUAGAGUGCACCAUACGCUUGAUUGUCAUCUUUCGGCGCUGAGACAGGGUUUCCUGUGCUCUGUUCAACGCCAGCUGUCCGUGAGUUCAGCGGCGCGGGUUCUGCGCCGCCUCCUUCGAGAGAUGGCGCCGCGCUGCGUGGACAGGCCGGCAUAAAGACCGGCAGCGUCUGGCUCGCCGCGGAUGGUUGUGAGAUGGCUCUGAGUAAUCGUCGUAAUAACAAAUCUGCUUUGCGGGUAGCCAUUUCAUGCUUACAUCUACUCUCGAUUACGGGAGAGCCAGCAUUUUUUAUAUCUUCGCGCUGUUCUAACUUCAGUCAUGAUAUCUGGAUCUGCAAGUUUUCUUUAUUUUUAUCAGCAUGCGUAUUUUUUGCAAUGGCCAGUAUUCAUGAGUGCGUUUUGGAAUUUAUACAUUAGGUGAAAAUAAAAUAUUUAUUGCUAUUUUAAA